UGGGCUUGGUUUGGAUUUGAUUAAUAUAAGACACGACUCGAAUUUGAUUCAUGUUUUGAACGAGUUGAGUUUGAAUAAUUUUUUAGGUUUGUUUAAAAAAUGAGCUCAAAAAAUUUGGCUUGAACUUGUAAAGUUUGACUUGUUUAUAAGUAAAUUAAUUUGAGUUACUUGGGUCCGAUUUAUUUUGGGCUUGACUCAUUUUUUUAAAAAAGUCGAGGUUGAAUAAUUUUUUAGGUUAGUUUAAAAAAAUGAAACUCACACACUCAGUUCGAGUUCACAAAGUUUGAUUCGAUUAUCAGUUUUAUUUGUUUGUUGGUCAUCCAUUGUGAAUUUUGAACUUCUGAUUGGCAAAAAAAUUUGAAAAAAAACUAGGUAAGCCCCAUGCCCAAUCGGUUUUAAUGCAUGCUUAUUUAUUUGAAAUCAUUAAUCAUGAAAAUAAUAAACCAAAUAAAUAUCGUGGGUUCUUCACUAAAGUUGUUAUGGUGCGUAUCAAAGUUGGACCAACAAUGUCUAUAAGCUUACUGGUGGAGUUGUUUUUGAACGCCCGCCUUCAUAGCAAUAUCAACAUAGCGCGCAUGUAUAUAAAAAUCUGGGAGGAGUUAACUACGCAUGACCCUUAUUUCCUGUCCCGAGCUUCGUUUAAAAAAAAGAUACAUGAGUAUAGGACCACUCUUGACUCAGUUCGGACUUCAGCAUCAAGACAAACUCGGCACAGCAACGGCGAUCCAGUUGAACAGGGAGAGAGACAAUGCAAUCUUCAGUCUCUUCUUGUCAUGGAAGAUCAUUUUACAGCACCAGUUUCAUACCAAACAGUCACAUAAACCCCAUCACAACAACCCACCCAUCAACAUCCAAGUCACUUUCCACAAAAUUUUCAUUACUUCUUGCAAGCAGAUCAGUAUCACCAUCCCCUUGUCGCUCUCAAACAUCACUCAAUAAACCCAUUUGGAUAUCAACCCCGAAUCUUAUUUCCAGAUCAAUAAAUCCCAAACCUGUUCUACUUCCUCCACUUCGUUGCGGCAAUUCAGCGAACAGCAUAACUACUGGUGAUAAUGCUAGGAGUUUUUGGGGUCAGAUCGAAGCGGUUGGCGAAGCUAUAUCGACGGCUUUUCCUUUGUGGGUGGCGCUGGGUUGCUUGGUGGGGCUUCUGAAGCCAAGUUUCUAUAAUUGGGUCCAACCCAAAUGGACCAUCAUGGGUAUUACCCUCACCAUGCUUGGUAUGGGCAUGACUCUCACUUUUGACGAUCUUCGUGGCGCUUUGGCUAUGCCCAAGGAGUUGAUCACCGGAUUCGUGCUCCAGUACUCGGUGAUGCCAUUAUCGGGAUUCUUUGUGGGCAAACUCUUAAACUUGCCAUCCUAUUAUGCAGCUGGUUUAAUAUUGGUUGGCUGCUGUCCAGGGGGAACAGCAAGUAACAUUGUCACCUAUAUUGCACGAGGAAAUGUGGCUCUUUCGGUUUUGAUGACUGCUGCAAGCACCCUAUCUGCCGUGGUCAUGACCCCCUUUCUUACAGCCAAACUUGCUGGGCAAUAUGUUGCAGUUGAUGCAGUUGGACUCUUUAAGUCCACUCUGCAGGUCGUGCUUCUUCCUGUUUUGGCUGGAGCAUUUCUAAAUCAGUAUUUUCAGAGCCUUGUUAAAUUUGUUUCUCCAUUGAUGCCGCCUAUUGCUGUUGCAACCGUGGCUAUUCUUUGCGGACAUGCAAUUGCUCAGAGUUCUUCUGCAAUCCUUAUGUCUGGCCGCAUUGUGGUUCUAGCUGCAGUUCUUCUUCAUGCAUCUGGAUUUUUCUUCGGUUACCUGCUUUCAAGGAUUCUUGGGCUUGACGUGUCAUCUUCAAGAACAAUAUCUAUUGAAGUUGGCAUGCAGAACUCGGUGCUUGGAGUCGUCCUCGCAAGUCAGCAUUUUGGAAAUCCGUUGACUGCAGUACCCUGUGCUGUUUCUAGCGUUUGUCACUCGAUUUUCGGAAGUGCCUUAGCAGGAAUCUGGAGACGCUCUAUCCCACCCCAAACAAAAGAUUGAGAUGCCAUAAAACCUGGAAUUUUGGACACAGCUUUAGAAAAGAAAUUGGGUUGUUUCUUCCCUUUGUUAGAAUCUGUAAAAUUUUGGAUUGUCCGAGGUGAAUUAGGUUUAUUCACACAUUGCUAAUUUCUCUGUAUGCCUUCAUUUAUGUCUUGUGGUGUGAAUUCAUCAAUAUGAGGUCAAGUGUUGGGAUUCGGAUCGUUUGCAAUUA